AUGGCUCACCAGAUAGUUGAUUUCGAUGUUCCAACAUUCAUCAAGUUCAGCACCUCCUACCGUGAAAAGCUUCGCUACCUCAAAACCCUACGCAUCAUCCCACCUAACACAAAACCCAACAAGCUCCCCCUCCCCGACGCUGCCGACCACCUCCUCGCCACCGUCAACUUCCUCAAGUCCAAAGGCUUCUCCGACCCCGACUUCCAAAGACUCGCCUUCCUCUCCCCCUACCUCUUCUCCCCCAACUUCGACCCUACCGACGUCACUCCCGUCUUCGACUUCUUACUCAACGAGCUCUCCGCCUCGCCGGAACAAUCUUGCUGUCUCAUCCUCCGCUGCCCCGACCUCCUCUUCUCCGACGUGGAGUACUGCCUCCGUCCGACGCUGCAUUUCCUAAGAGAGGUGGGAGUCCAGAAACUGAGCAAGCCUACGAACCUGAACGCGCAUUUGUUGAACACAAGAGUGGAGAAGCUGAAUGAGAAAGUAGGGUUCCUGAGGAGCUUAGGGUUUACGUACGAGGAGGCGCUGAAGGUGUGCGAGAGGCUGCCGGCGAUAUUCGGGUACAGCGUGGAGGGGAAUCUAAGGCCGAAAUACGAGUAUUUGGUGGAGGAGAUGGAGAGGAGUUUGGAGGAGUUGAAGAAGUUCCCGCAGUAUUUUGGGUUCAGUUUGGAGAAGAAAAUAGCGCCAAGGCAUUUGCAUUUGAAGGAGAGGAAUGUGAGCAUUCCUUUGAAUAGGAUGUUGUUGUGGAGUGACCAGAGGUUUUAUGCAAAAUGGAAAUAA